UUCACGUGUUUCACAAAAUAAGUCUGAGAUUGUUUAUACUGUAUUUAACGAAAUUCUAGCCUUUUAAUAUUACUGGUGCUGCGACAUUCAUUAAACGCGUUGUUAUAUGUGUCCUUUCUUGUGGGAUCGUUAAGAUGUCUGAUACUGUAAUACCGAUCUCUAGGCCAGACGUCAGGAAACACUGCAGUCGUUCAUAUAGUGAGGAGGCUUCACGUGCCUGGACAGGAACCGACCCACGCAAAACACAAGCCCGGAAAAAUACUCGUGACCUGAGCAGAGUAUGGACGUGGAAACAUAACGAGUGCUCGGCUGAGGGUCCCGCGCCGCCUGACACCUUACAUGCAUCCGUCCAAGACGAUGUUUGGAACCUUCUAAAUAUGGUCGUCAUCUCUUGGAACAGAGACCCCAGCACUUUCCUGAUAGAGGGCUCUGGGGACGCAAAACCGGUCUGGAAGCCGAAAGAAGAGUCAAGAUUUCUUCUGUGAUCUUUCGGAUUGUGACACUUUAGAGUCUGGUAGAUGGGUAAAGGCGUUUGGGUGGGACAUGCUGCCUUCAUGUUCAUGGUAGUUUGUGGAGGCUGAAACGGCAGUCCUCACCACCCAGAAUACAACAUGAAUCUUCACUUACUCACUCACUCAUGGAGCUGAGCCCUACCUGAGGAA